AACCCUCGUCCUAAAUUAGGGUGUAAGAAUUGGCGCCUUGAGCUGAAUAAUUUGGUCUUCGUCAUCGGGAAUCAGAGCAACUGAAGCAGAAUGGCAACAGUUGCUGCUUCAAGAAUUGGAAUGGUGCUUCCUCGGCCGGUGACAUUUGUGACCGGCAACGCCAAGAAGCUCGAGGAAGUUCGAGCAAUCUUGGGCAACUCCGUUCCUUUUCGGUCUCUCAAGCUUGAUUUGCCGGAGUUGCAAGGCGAACCAGAAGAUAUAUCGAAAGAGAAAGCUCGAUUGGCAGCUAUUCAGGUUAACGGGCCGGUUCUUGUGGAAGAUACAUGCCUCUGCUUUAAUGCUUUGAAGGGUCUACCAGGGCCAUACAUCAAGUGGUUCCUGGAGAAGAUUGGUCAUGAAGGCCUGAACAAUUUGUUGUUGGCAUAUGAGGACAAGUCAGCAUAUGCUUCAUGCAUCUUUUCAUUUUCUCUUGGGCCUGAAGCUGAACCCAUCACAUUUGUGGGAAAUACUCCGGGAAAAAUUGUUCUUCCGAGAGGCCCUAAUGAUUUUGGUUGGGAUCCAAUUUUUCAACCUGAUGGCUAUGAUCAAACGUAUGCUGAAAUGUCCAAGGAAGAAAAGAACAAGAUAUCUCAUCGCUACCGUGCUCUUGCUCUGGUGAAAUCUCACUUUGCUGAAGCUAAUUACACCUACCAGAUCCAAGACUAAAGGUUCUCUCUAUCUUGUCCUGUCAUAACACACUAUUUACAAACUUUUUGCAGUGAUAAUUAGAAUUUUCUGUGCUGAUCGUUGGAGCUUGAAAGCCAUGUUGCCAUGAUGGGUUUUGGCUUUAAUGCUCUUCUAAAAUUCCAAUUUAGAAAUCACAGUGUCAGAUGUGAUAAACGAGAAUAGUUUCUUCAUCUAAAUUGCAACAAUAAUUGUUAUUUAUGCAUAAAUGAAAGGUUAGAAGAUGGAUAAAGAGAAGAAAAAACAUCGAUAACUGUUAUAAAGCA